AUGACAGCCACUAUUUUAGCCAUUGCCACCGCCCUUUCCCUGAUCCUUCUAACUGUAAGCUUUUGGCUCCCAAUAAUAACCCCCGACUCAGAAAAACUCUCCCCGUACGAAUGCGGAUUUGAUCCACUGGGCUCUGCCCGAUUACCAUUCUCCAUACGAUUCUUCCUGAUCGCAAUCCUAUUUCUCUUAUUCGACCUUGAAAUCGCCCUUCUUCUCCCCUCACCCUGAGCUGCGCAAUUAAAUUCUCCAACUACCACUAUCAUCUGAGCAACCUUAAUUAUUACCCUUCUAACUCUUGGGUUAAUCUAUGAAUGAAUUCAAGGAGGACUAGAAUGGGCUGAAU